GUUGAUUUGAACUACAUUUACCGAAAUGCUUUUUUCAUAUACGGAAUGCUCUUCUCUCGUAUAAGCAGUCAGGUGUACACAGAAAUAUAUGUGUAUACGUACUGUGUACCUCACAGAUGGCAUAAGUACUUAUUAAUAAGUCCAGAAAGCAUUCAAGGUCUUAACAUUCACUUUGAAGUCGAGUGAAUUAGUCACCCACCACUCAUCACUCGAGUGCCACCUGCAUGUAAAAUGCCUUGAAAAGUUUAAUCAUUGAGGAUCUCGUGUCGUAGCUUACAAUGAGAUUCGUAUCUUACAGAUAAUUGUAUUUUCGCCGAACAUCGUGUCGACGGCACAAGGGAAAAAUCUCGGAGUUAAAAACCAUUUUGAGACUGACACCAGAAGCCGUCUAUAUGAUUAUCGAUUCUCCUGAAUAGCAAUUUUUUCACCUUGAAAUAAAGUAUAUACAUAUGCGCACGGGGAGGAAAAAAAUAUGAAAAUUUCAUAUCUGUAUAUUACUGGAAUGUAAAAAAGUAGAUGAGUUACGCACAGAUACUUAAUGUACUCAUGCAUCCUACGAUUAUGAACAAAGUAACGAUAUCGCAAUCCGUAUUUGAUCAUGUACUUCAGCGAACAUAUUAAUUCCUAACAUGUGAUAUAGGUGUACGUAUACGUAUACAACAUUCUACAUGCCUUCAUACGAUUAUAAUUCUUGUAUGUGGUAGAUUGAGGAAAGAUAGGAGGAGUGAAAUCUACUAAAUUAGUAAAUGUUGCUCCUGAUGUUUGCGAUCGUUUGAUUGAUUGCAUUCAAGUAUUAAAAGCACGAUAAUUCUGACGUUGCGGUCGUGACAUUGAUUAAUCGAUUGAUCUGGGAAAAUACAUAUAUGAUAAGAAUUAGAUUGCUAAAAUAGAGCUCCUGAUGAUCAGUGACAAUCGUAUAUACACGUACAACCAUAGAAUUGUAUAACCGAUAAAACUAAUUGUCAGUAUCGCGAUCAGUCCAAAUGUCAGGUCAUCAUGCCCAGAAGCUGUAGCAGUUCGAGCUAUGCAUUGAUGCAAUUGUACGUACAAUGAAUCGAUAAUCCAAUGUGUAUGCGAAUAUACCCUAUGUUAUAUAAUUACAUAGGUACAUAAAAAUAGGAAAUACGUGAUACGCUAAGACGGUGAUAAUGAGAGAAAGAUUAUCUAAUUACUUAAUAAAUGUUUCGAAGAAACUGUAAUUUAAGAAUUGGAGAACGGGCAGAUACGUGUAUAUUUUAUUCGUCAGUGCUUUGCAGUGAUGAUAACCAAUCGUACGUGAGUGUAGUAAAAACUUCUGUAUCUACACAUGCAUCCUGUGAAUCUGAACUUUGUACAGAUACGGGAAAUGGAGAAUUACAUACGAACGCGCAGGGUAAAGAGCCAAUUUUUGUGCCAAAUAAUAAUCAGCCAACUGAAAAAGAAGCUACUCCAGCAUCGCCGCUUAAAGACAAGCCAAAGAGUCCAGAACCCAAGGAUGCAGGGAUAUUUGCCAAAAUGGCAAUCACAAAGUGCGGGAUUUUUAUAAUAUUUGGAGUUGGUAUAGUACUGUUGAUUAGUUCUAUAGUUCUUGGAAUAUACUGGGUGCCAAUAGUUGAAAACAUUCUCGAUGAUGAAUUGACUUUGACCCCAACAUCGAAGAGUUAUGGCAUGUGGCAGAAGACACCAAUUCCAAUGUACUGCAAUAUCUAUUUGUACAAUUGGACCAAUACUGAAGAAUUCUCAAACACUGCUACUACCAAACCUAACUUUGUGCAAAUGGGUCCCUAUGUCUUUAGGGAAGUCCAUAUAAAAGUAAACCAGUCUUGGCAUGAUAAUGGUACUAUAACGUUUAGGCAGCAGAGAUUCUGGUACUUUGAGGAGUCCAUGUCAAAUGGAACUCUCGAUGAUAAAGUAACAAACCUGGAUGUCAUUUCUGCUACAGUUGGCUUUGCCAUACGGAAUGAGCCAAGAUGGCUACGCAUCAUAGUCAAUGGUGUCCUGGUACAAUUGAGAAAGACUUUAUUCACAACGAAAACUGUCAGAGAACUUUUGUUUGAGGGGUACGAUGAUCAACUUCUGGACUUUGCCAGAAAACUCAAUAUGUCGCGGUUUAAUAUUCCCUUUGACAAGUUUGGAUGGUUCUAUGACCGCAAUGGCUCCACUACCUAUGACGGUAUAUUCAACAUGCGCACAGGUAAUCCAAAUAUCUCGGAUCUAGGCGUCCUAGAUUUGUGGAACUAUAGGAAUAAAUCAGACCAUUGGGAAGGAGAGUGCAGUGAGAUUAGAGGCACAACGGGUGAGCUUUGGUCACCGAUCGGAGAAAUAGAUACAGUGGAGAUAUUUGCCCCUGAUAUUUGCACAUCUCUUAGUCUGACACGUGUCAACGAUUCCUUCUUCUCAGGCCUGAGAGGUGCUACAUUUGUUACCGAUUCGAGGACCUUUGAUAAUGGAUCCAUCGUUCCAUCUAGAGCAUGUUAUUGCAGCAAGUCUGAUGAGUGUCAACCCAGUGGAUUACUCGACGUAUCCCAGUGCAGGUUUGGCGCACCUGCGUUCAUCGGCUUACCACAUUUCUACCUUGCUGACGACUCGUAUGCAAAUGCUAUUUCCGGGAUGAACCCAAAACAAGAAGAGUACAACUUUGAAAUGACCCUAGAACCGAACACCGGAAUUCCACUAGAUGUCAAAGCACAGAUGCAGAUCAAUAUCAUGGUCGAACCAAUUUCUUCAAUAUCCAUACUGAGUGGCAUUCCAAAAACAUACGUUCCGAUGCUAUGGUUCAGGCAGGAAGCACGACUAACAUCAAAUUAUGCAUCGCAGAUCAAGUUCCUUUUGGCACUGCCAACGUUGGGGCAUUACAUAUUCAUUGCCUUAGGCGUCAUAGGAUUUGCACUAUGUUUAACUGCGGCUUAUUUCGGCUGCCGAUCUAAAUGGUCUCGAGAAGAAACUCAAUCAUUGAUACCCGCCGACACAACUGCCAGUACUUUUGAAACUAAUCCAGUGACACCUACUGAAUAUUAGCAAUGUAAAUAUGCAUUUCAAUAAUUUUCAGCGGCUGAUGAUAUUUGAAAAAAUUCUUUCCGGUGAGUACAGAUGUUAAUGAAAAAAUAACUGUGAAUACAGUGUACGAAAUUAUGAGAAAAAAUCAGACAUUCGAAGAAUUAAACAGUUUAGGUGAUUUAAAUAUUGAGGAAAAGACUGGAAUUGCUACAUUAUCUGACAAGCUGAGAUUAGUCAGUGAUUCUAUUGAUAUUCUUGUAAGGGCAUUAAUAAUGCAACUGGCAACAAAUACGUGAUAGUCAAGUGCCUGACAAGCAAAAGGUGUAUAGGCUUGAAUAUUCUAAAUACUUAAUUGCAUGUACGUAAAAAUGGUAGUAAUCAAUUGAUGACUAUAAUUAAAUUAAUUGAUGAAUUCGAAAUAUUAUACCCAUAUUCGAGUUUUCAGAAGUAAUUUAUAUAUUCGUAGGACCCCGUAUGCGGUUUUUAUUUUAGCCAAUGAUCAUACAUUUAAAUAACUAUUAUUAUUUUCCCAUCCGAUGGUUCUGCGAAUUGAAGAUGGGCGAAUUUAAAUUGUUAAAUAUUUUUUCACUAAUAUGGAACGUUGUUAUUAUAAUA